AUGACACCUGCAACCAAGACCGAGCCCAGCACGAUUCCUUUGGAGGAUACAAAGCCAUCGAAGAGUCUGGAUGGCGAUGUAAGCCAGGACUUGGCAGAAGGCUCAUCUCAGGUUCGCCGAAAGGUUGACUGGAUCCUCCUGCCCUUGCUCGGCUUCUGUUAUUUCUUGCAAUUUCUGGAUAAGCAGACGCUCAGCUAUGCCAGUUUGCUUGGCAUGCUGCAAGAUAAUGAUCUUCAUGGAACUCAAUUCUCAUGGACUGCUUCCAUUUUUUACUUUGGAUAUAUCUUUUGGUCAUAUCCGACGAUGUUCCUUUCCGUUCGUCUGCCCAUCGGAAAGUACCUAGGCGCUACUGUGAUUGUCUGGGCUGCCGUCCUAAUGUUCCAUGCAGCCUGUCACAAUUUCACCGGCCUGAUGAUCACCCGCUUCCUACUCGGAGCUUUCGAGGCAGCAGUCGCACCAGGAUUCUCUCUAGUGACAGGCAUGUGGUAUACGCGACGCGAGCAGCCCUUCCGCUACGGGUUGUGGUUUUUGGGUAAUGGCAUGGCCUCAAUGCUGGGAGGAUUGCUCGCCUAUGCCAUCGGACAUCUCGAGAGCGGACUCGCGGCCUGGCGAUACCUGUUUCUCAUCUUCGGUGCCAUCACUGCAGCAUGGGGACUUGUCAUGUUCUUUUUACUCCCAGAUACACCCUCCAGUACCUUCUGGCUGAGCUCCACAGAGCGUGAGAUGGCUGUCCGCCGCGUUACCGCAGAUGGCCAAGCCGGCGUGAAAGGCACCUUUCGAGUCUCCCAGGUAAUUGAGGCCCUGUGA